CUUGCUACAUUUGUUAGGUACGAUUUAUUUUCCGCUGUAUAACUGGUUAAAGCUCGAGUUGUGAAGAUAAGCCCGGUAAAUUAAUGGUGUACGAUUCCAGGCACUGAAGAGCGAUACUUGCAACGGCACACUUCGAAAACCACAACUCCGCAAGAACCAGCAACAAUACAGGACAACCCGCAGUCUGGAACGACGUUCAUUUACAAAUUAUAAUAUACAAGGCGGUUUUCAACGGGCAGCAGAUUUACAUUUUCUGAUUCUGACGAAAUAAGUGUGAGUUUUCCGCGAAAAUCACAAAUUACUGCUGAGAAAAAAAAUAAACAAUGGUCGGUUCAAGAGUGUACGUGGGUGGAUUACCGCGGGACGUGCGGGAACGUGACUUGGAGAGGUUCUUCAAAGGCUACGGAAGAACCUGUGAAAUUUUGAUCAAGAAUGGGUACGGAUUUGUCGAUUUUGAAGAUGACCGUGACGCUGAUGAUGCCGUGCAUGAAUUGGAUGGAAGGGAUUUGUUGGGGAGGAGAGUAGUGGUUGAGUUGGCUCGUGGCAAGGCUCGCAGAGGUGGAGGAGGGAGAGGUGGUGAUUCGGAUUACCGCAGGGGUGGACGCUCGGAAAGAAAUAGAGGUAAUUCACGUUAUGGUCCUCCGCAAAGAUCCAAGCAUCGCCUACUUGUUGAGAAUCUUUCAUCGCGUGUUAGCUGGCAAGAUCUGAAGGAUUAUGUUCGCAAAGUGGGGGAAGUUAUCUUUGCUGAUGCCCACAGACCCCGUAAGAACGAAGGGGUAGUCGAAUUUGCAUCGAGAUCCGAUAUGAAAAAUGCUAUUAGAGAUUUGGAUGAUACUGAGCUGAAUGGCCGUCGCAUUCGGCUGGUGGAAGAUCGUGGAGAUCGGAGCAGCCGCGAUAGACGCGGAAGGUCCCGCUCUUCGGGAAGUCGCUCUAGAUCGCAAUCGCGCAGUCGAUCUCGAUCACGCAGCCGUUCUGGAUCGCGACGAUCUUCACGAAGUCGCUCAAAUCAUAAGCGUGGAUCCAGAUCACCCGAGAAGUCACGAUCCCGUUCGCGCUCACGUCCGAUCAAAUCCCGUGCCGAUUCAGUGGAACAAAACAUCAAAUCUAAAUCUAGCUCGCAGAAAUCUAAACGGAACCGCGACAGUUCUCGCUCUCGUUCCCGGUCGGUCGCUUCUCGUGAACGUAAUUCAAAGGCAAAGUCUCGUUCGGUACCCGAACGCCAUUCUCGCAGCCGAUCAAAGUCAGCCGACCGAAAGUCACGUUCGCGUUCACUUGAAACUAAAUCCUCUUCUAAAGCGCCAGCACGAGACUCAAAUUCUGGACCAACUUCGCGUUCCAAGCGCCGAUCCCACUCCAAAGACAGUGGAUCCCGUUCUCGGUCGCGUUCCAAUGGACGCACAUCUGUGGACAAAUCACAUCGUCGCUCCCGGUCCCCCUCGGAGUCACGUGCAUCCCGCCAACGGAACUCAAAAUCCAGCUCCCGUAGCCGUAACGAAAGGCGUGCUGGUGGUGAUCGAGAGGUGAGUCGUUCUCGAUCCCGUUCCCGGAGCCGGUCCGAGUCGAAGGAUAGACGGUCCCGCUCCCGUUCGGCUUCCCGGUCUCGCUCGCGAUCCCGUUCCCGCUCCCGUGAUCAGUCCCGGGACAAGCGGAGUAAGUCUCGCUCGGCUUCGCCCAGAGAUGAUCGUCGUUCGCGCAGCAAGAGCCUAGAAAACUAGAAAACCUAACUUUGUGGAACCAUUUCCAAUUCAAUUUUAUGCCGACAACUAUAUGCUGCUAUCUUAAGCAAAUUUAUCGGUGUAUGUAAGUAUUGACAUUGACAGAUUUUGUAAUAAAAAUGAAUGAAUUUGAAUAAAAUACUUGAAAAC